AAGGCAAGAUGGCGGAGUCUGAAGAGCCAAAAGCGGGUCCUUGCACUUUUCUUUUCAAAAAAUCUACAAAGAAAUUCUCCGGACGGAAGAGAAAAGCAAGCGACAGCGACAAAGAUGGCAACAGUGAUGAGGACCAGAGCUCCGUGGUCAGAAGAGACAAGAAAGGCUCUCAAGUUAACCCCAUGAUUCAAAGGUCAAAGAAGGUGGAGAAAGAAGAAGCAUCAUCCAGUGAAAGUGAAGAAGAGAAAGAGGAGAAGAAGAUCACAGUUGCCUACAAGUCGACACGGUCAGCGAAACCAGAGGGACCCGAGGACAUGGGCGCAACUGCUACAUAUGAGCUGGACACGGAGAGAGACAAGGACGCUCAGGCGAUCUUUGAGAGAAGUCAGAAAAUCCAAGAGGAGUUAACUGGGAAAGAAGAUGAUAAAAUCUACCGUGGUAUCAACAACUACCAAAAAUUCAUCAAGCCUAAAGAUACUACCAUGGGUAAUGCCUCCUCUGGCAUGGUCAGAAAAGGGCCAAUCCGAGCCCCUGAACACCUGAGAGCCACAGUCAGGUGGGACUACCAGCCAGACAUCUGCAAAGACUAUAAGGAGACCGGUUUCUGUGGUUUUGGAGACAGCUGCAAGUUCCUCCAUGAUAGGUCGGACUACAAACAUGGCUGGCAGAUUGAGCGGGAGCUGGAAGAGGGCAGAUAUGGAGCCAAUGAUGACGAGAACUAUGAGGUGAGCAGUGACGAUGAGGAUUUGCCCUUUAAGUGCUUCAUCUGCAGGGAGUCCUUCAAGAAUCCGAUCAUCACAAAGUGUCGGCACUACUUCUGCGAGGUCUGUGCUCUUCAGCAUUACCGCAAGUCCAAGCGCUGCUACGUGUGCAACACUCAAACCAACGGUGUCUUUAAUCCUGCUAAGGAGUUGAUGGCUAAGAUGGAGAAACGCAAUGCUGCAGCAGCAGAUCAGCCUCCAUCAGAUGAGGAAGACUAGCAUCAUCCGAACCUCUUAAACCCUCCCCGUUAUGUGUUUGUCUGUGUAAAUUUGUAAUAAAAUGGAUUUUUUUUAAAGACA